UUUAAGACUUUUGGGGAUUUUCCAAAUCCCUAGAACCUACAUUUCUUUUUGUUUUGGCUAAAAAGGAAUAACAAUUCAUCUAAGUUAUUCCGUGCUUUAUUACUUUUCAUUCCUUAUUCUUUCUCACAUGUCAUAAACAGAACACACAAGUGUGUAGAAUUUCAGUGAUCAAAAGAUGGAGCGCUAUGAGGUUGUCAAAGAUAUUGGUUCUGGGAAUUUUGCUGUUGCAAAGCUAGUUAGAGACAUCUUCACCAAAGAGCUUUUUGCUGUUAAGUUUAUUGAAAGAGGCCAAAAGCUAUAUAUAUAUAUGUGUGUGUGUGUGUGUGUUUGGUUCACUGUUGAGAUUUGUGUAUUGCAGAUUGACGAGCAUGUCCAGAGGGAAAUCAUGAAUCAUAGAUCAUUGAAGCAUCCUAAUAUUUUUAGAUUUAAAGAGGUCCUGCUAACACCAACACAUCUAGCCAUAGUAAUGGAGUAUGCUGCUGGAGGAGAACUCUUUGAGCGGAUAUGCAGUGCUGGUAGAUUUAGUGAAGAUGAGGCAAGGUUUUUCUUUCAGCAAUUGAUAUCAGGAGUCAGUUACUGUCAUUCAAUGCAAAUCUGCCAUAGAGAUUUGAAGCUUGAAAACACACCCCUAGAUGGAAGCACUGCACCACGAGUCAAAAUUUGUGACUUUGGUUACUCAAAGUCAUCUGUGUUGCAUUCACAACCGAAGUCGACUGUAGGAACUCCCGCUUACAUUGCACCUGAAGUUCUGACGAAGAGAGAAUAUGAUGGAAAGAUUGCAGAUGUUUGGUCUUGCGGAGUCACUUUAUACGUGAUGUUAGUCGGCGCAUAUCCUUUUGAAGACCCUGAGGAUCCAAGAAACUUUAGGAAAACAAUUGGUAAGAUACUUAGUGUCCAGUACAAAGUCCCUGAUUUCGUACGAGUUUCAUCGGAAUGUAUACAUCUUAUAUCUCAAAUAUUUGUGGCCAAUCCUGAAAAGAGAAUAACAAUACCAGAAAUCAAAAACCAUCCAUGGUUUUUGAAGAACUUGCCAGUAGAAUUAAUGGAAGCUGGUGGAAGCUGGCAAACAAAUGAUGUAAAUAAUCCAUCACAAAGUGUUGAUGAAGUCCUGUCCAUUAUACAAGAGGCAAGAAAACCUCUUAACAUCCCAAAAAUUGGUGGACUUCUUAGUGGAAGCAACAUGGACCUAGAUGAUUUUGAUGCUGACAUAGAUCUUGAAGAUAUAGACACAUUUGGUGAUUUCGUUUGCCCUCCUCUUUAAGUGUGUAUUCAUGAACAAAAAUGUGCUAAACCUAUGUAGCACCGACACAUCAAAUUAAAGACACGUCCAAUGUCUGACACCACAUUGUUGCACGUGGUUACGCUUA